CUGGUUGCAGCUGGCAAUAUCCGAUUUGACGGUAAACCACCGCGUUGAAGUGGACGACCGUCGGGCAGUUGAGAACUUGCAAUGUCGUGUGGAAGCCAAGGCAUCGUCGUCUUCACGCUCGGCCUGCUCACGGGCACGGGCACGACGCUCAUGUCCAAGGUCAUGUACAACAUCGACUCGAUCGGCAGCGACGGGCUGCUCAAGAAGUUUGAAAAGCCCAUUUUCCAGACGUGGCUCAUGUUUGCUGCCAUGAUCUUUGCGCUGCCGAUCCAGUACCUCUACCACAUGCAUCUCGAGCGGCAAUGGCACGCGGCCGGCGGCAAGAUCACCGGCUUCAAGCGACCGGCGCGCGUGCCGAUCAAAACGUACUUUGUACUGGCGCUGCCCGCAGCCUUUGAUCUGAUUGCAACGUACUUGGCCAACCUCGGGCUGCUCUACGUGACGGUCAGCGUCUUUCAGCUCAUGAAAUGCACAGUCAUCAUCUUUGUCGCGCUCCUCAAGGUGCUCGUGCUCAAGGACCACCUCCGUGGGUACAUGUGGAUUGGCAUCGCCAUGAACACGGCAGCGGCCAUCAUGGUGGGCUUUACAAGCUUCCAGGACACGGACGACCAGCUCAACAGCACCAACAACCCGGGCCUUGGCAUCCUCAUGAUUGUGCUGAGCUGCUUUGUGCAGUCGGCGCAGUACGUCUUUGAGGAAAAGCUCAUGGGCGACGGCAUCGACACGGCGCCGCCGCUGAUCGUUGUCGGUAUGGAAGGCUUUUGGGGCCUCCUCUUCACGUCCGUCAUCGUUUACCCGAUCGCGUACUACCUUCCCGGCAACGACCUCGGGUCGUACGAGCGCUUUGACGACGCGCUCACGAUGCUCGGCAAUAGCCAAGCGGCGCAGAUUGCCGCUGGGAUCUUUGUGUUUGUUAUCCUCGGCUACAACGUCUUUGCGGUCUUCGUGACCUUUCUCCUCGACUCGAUUUGGCACGCGAUCCUCGACAACUUUCGCCCGAUCACGGUCUGGGGCACAGACCUCCUGCUUUUCUACGUCUUUACGCCCGGCACGUUUGGCGAGGCGUGGACGAUCUGGAGCUGGCUCGAGCUCGGCGGCAUGCUCAUGCUCCUCCUCGGCACCGCGGUCUACAACGGGUCGAUCCAGCUGCCCGGGCACUAUUACGACGAGCCGGUCGACGGCGCAAGUGGCGCAACGACCACGAUCCGAACGCCGCUCUCGAUGGCGUCCUCGGCCUUGACGCGCUCCCCGAUGAUCUCCAAGCAGGCGUUCAAAGCGGCCGACAUUGCGCGCCGGACGCCGGAUCCGAUGGACCGCGAGCGUGUCCGGAAAGAGUACAUGACCGAGUUCCACAAGCUGCAGUCGGGCAAGGAGAGCUCGAGCGCGUCCAAGCGCCUCGAUCCCGCGGGCCACUCGUACGGCUCGAUGGAGACUUAGUCAACAAGACCUUGCCAAAUGCCAAAACGUCGACUGUA